GGAGAAGUAAUCAAUGAAGGUGUGUAUUGAAGUACCUAAUUUAUUCCAAAUGAUGUGUAAAAAAUUAUUCAGUUAGGUGCCGAACGGACAAUAAAAACGUUAUUAAACUUCGAGAAAACACAAAAACUGUAAUCGCGUCGUUAGUGUUUUAAAAAAUGAAAAUUAUCGUAUAAGAUUUCAGUUCGUACUUUUGAAAAAAUUGACUGUCAAAAUGAGUAGUGUCCCUGGUCUUUCUAAACUCAAAAAGAAACAUUUUCGAGUUAAACAUCAAAAAGUAAAGCUUUUUAGAGCUAAUGAACCGUUUCUUUCGGUCUUCAUGUGGGGGAUAAAUCAUACCAUUAAUGAACUUAUGCAUGUUACCAUUCCGGUUAUGUUGUUGCCCGACGACUUCAGAGCUUAUUCGAAAAUUAAAAUUGACAAUCACCUUUUCAAUAAAGAAAAUAUGCCAUCACACUUCAAAGUCAAAGAAUAUUGUCCUAUGGUGUUCAGAAAUAUCAGAGAAAGGUUUGGAAUUGAUGAUCUUGACUACAAAGAGUCACUAACAAGAUCACAACCAAUGCCAGAUGAUUCGUCAGGCAAAAGCGGAGCUAAGUUUUAUCUAAGCUACGAUAAAAUUUUUAUAAUUAAAACCCUUACUUCUGAAGAGGUAGAAAGAAUGCAUUCAUUUUUGAAACAUUAUCAUCCUUAUAUUGUAGAAAGACACGGCAAGACGCUUCUGCCGCAGUACCUUGGUAUGUAUCGUCUAACGGUAGACAACGUCGAGCACUAUAUAGUCGUAAGUAGAAACGUAUUCUCAAAUCACUUAAGCACACACAGAAAGUUUGAUCUCAAGGGAUCCACCGUCGACAGGGAAGCCUCGGAAAAAGAGAGGGAAAAGGAGCUGCCCACGUUGAAGGAUAACGAUUUCGUCAAUGAACAGAUGAAGGUGACAAUAGGAGAAGAAGCCAAGGCAAAACUUAUGGAAACUCUCACGGCAGAUGUAGACUUUCUCACUAAGUUACAUUUAAUGGACUACAGCCUGCUGUUAGGUAUUCACGAAGUCGAAAGAGGAGAACAAGAACUCCAGCGACAACGCGAGUUAGAAGCCGAAAACCCUCAGGAGUCCGACGAAAGCGAAAGCGGUUCCGGCCUAGAGAACAGGACCAUGGGCGUCACCACGCCUCCAGAUUCCCCCAACGCCUUUGGACACUACCUUCAUCGCGAACACAGCCUCCAGUACGAAGGUUCAUUCAAACUGUUCAAAGCGUAUCCGUACCUCAGACCAAAAAAACGGAUACGGCUGCAAGGUGGCAUCAUCCCGGAGUUAGACAUAUACGCCAUACCGUCGUCCGACUCGGCGCCCGUCAAAGAGAUCUACUUCAUAGCCAUCAUCGACGUCCUCACCCACUACGGCGUCAAGAAGCAGGCCGCCAAAGCAGCCAAGACCGUGAAGUACGGCUCGAACGUCGAUGGAAUAAGUACCUGUGAUCCCGAACAGUAUGCCAGGCGGUUUAUUGAUUUCAUGUCGAAAGCCAUUGAGUAAAAGCUAUUGUAACGAUGCAACGUUUCUGUUACUUUAUAGAUUGGCAGGAUGAAUUCGAAAUCUUAAUCACUUUACCUGCGCAUAUUCCACAUAUUUUGCGAAUUUUUGAUUAACCAAAUGUUUGCAAUAGACUAGCAAAUUGCUAUGCAAUUUGGUCAGUAUUUUAUUCAUUAGUUUGUAUAAAUCAAUUGACUUAACGUAAAUAUUGUGAUACAUUUUAUUUUAUUUUCAAAGAUUUAUAAAGAAAAAAGUAAAAUUAGUAUUAUUAGGUUUUUAAAACGACAAAAAAAGUUAUUGGAUAUAAAUUUACAUUAAAUUCAAAGUUGGAAUAGCUAUAAUAAUUUUAUGAUACUCUGUUGGACAAAAAAUAUUUCUGUGACUUAUAAUAAACUAUUGUAAUAGUAAAGAGACUUGUUCUUCGUGGAAAAUAAAUUUUGCAACUUUUAGAACAGAUCUUAAGUGAACUUCUACAGAAUAUACUUCAGUUAAUAAGUCUCGGGUUCAACUAAUGAAACGACAGUUUUUUAGGGAUAAUUCCGAACAUAUUCGUCAACAUAGUCCUCUUUCUAAAGUGGUACACUGACUCAAACCACCUUCUCUAUCAAUUAAACGGUUUUUUUUUGCUUCCCUGUCUCACGGACUUGGCGCCCAACUCUUCCUUCGUCGUUGAAUCUUGCAGUAGGUCGAUUCUAGUGUCUUUGUGAUUCGAUUGGGAAUUGAGAAAGAUUCACUUUUUACUUAUUCUUCUAUGGCACUACAGUCCAAAUUGAGCCUUGGCCUCCUUAUUUUUUGCCUCCACCCUUGCUUGCUCUUCUCCAUACACGGACUCCUAAAAGGGCUUGUGCGUCGCUGUUUAGUGUGUCUUCCCAGCGCUUUCUUGGCUUUCCAACCGGUCUCUUUCCCUGCAUUCUAGCGUUCAGUGCUCUUUUUGGUAGCAUAACCUCUCCCAUUCUUAUCACAUGUCCGGCCAAUUGCAAUCCGUGCAUUCUAAUGAAGUCUGACAAGCGUUUUUCCUUUUAUGAAGUUGAUAAAGCUCGUUGUUGUAUCGAAUUCUGAAUAUUCCGUUUUCUCUCACAGGUCCUAGUAUUCUUCUCAGUAUUUUCUAUUCUUCUCAGUACUUUCCUUUCGAACUCCUGUCGAGUUUGUUUUUGGAUGUUUCUUUCAGAACCCAUGCUUCACUGCCAUAGUAUGCUAUUGGUCGAAUUAAGGUUUUAUAGUAUAGGUUAUAGUAACCGUAUUGUAUCUUCGGAGCUCAAAGUCCAAUUGGUAUGAUAAUUUUCUUAGGAGGAUGCUCCACGUUAGGACAAACAACUUUUGCCCCCGCCAAGUUUAUAAUCAAUCAGUGGGAAAGUUAAAAAUAAAAACAACUCUUGCUUCUUGCCAUGUUACAUUGAACCAACCUAAGUCUUCAGUUGGAAAUCUCGAACUAGUCUGUGAGUUAAGUUUUGCCAUACUUUAUAGCUAAAUUCUACACCUGUGACAUAGUAGAUAGGGAGAACAUGGAUGUGUAUUGUUUUCCCUAUUUACUAGGUUAAAAGUUAGCUGACGAUGACAAAAGGUUUGUUCCAACAUGAACUUUUGGACGGCCCAGAAACCGUCACGAAACUACUUGUACCGUUUGUUGUGCGCAUGUUCGUAAUUGUAUCGCCCAGUUAUCGUCCCAUGAUGGUAAUCAUAUAUUUGUCAUUUUUGUUGGUGACAGCUUGUGUGCUUUUAGUCGAUCAAAGGCUCAAAAAAUUUAAAGAAUUAAAUCCUAGUGCUCAAGUCAUCCAACCAGCACAUUAUGCAUUUGCCCGAUUACUGAAAUGAUCAUCACGAAACCGUCACCGAAAGAUCACAAUUCUUGUUGGAACAGUGGGAAGGACGAUCCGAUGACGAUCAUAUUUUUGUUGGAACGAAUUUUCUUUACUGCGCAGGAGCGUUACCGUUUCGUGACGGUUCUCGGUCGUGUUGGAACAAACCUAAAAUUGAGCUCAAAUCUUGACAAGUGACGUUUGACGGUUGAUGCUUUCUGUAUAUGGAUUUGUUAGUGGCGACCUCUAAAGUUCAACGUGGGACUUAUUGAGUGACAUGCUAGUUAUUGGCAUUGAAUGGUAUGAGUUGAACAAAUUACUGUAUAGAGCAAAUUUCUAAUUCAUAUAUACGUUCUUGGUAAAAUAUUUUAUGGCUCAUUCAAAUUAAAAACACGUAAGAUUAAGAUUUCUAAAAUUUAUGUGUCAAUCUAACGAAGUCAUGUUUUUGCCUUUACAGAGAGAGGUUAUGAGUCUGAGAGUGUGUAAAAUUUAACUGGCCAUAUCAGAGAAUAUUCUCGAUUAUUGUUUUCGGAAGAAAUGAUUGUUUUACUAACUAAAAAUUAUGUGCGAACAAAAAUAAACAAAAAAAUAAAACAUGGUCAGUAAUAUUUGCCAACUAUCGGAUGUGUUUGGACACAUAGUGUGGAUUCUAGUCUGUUGGAGCUUCUGUUGGUGGAUUUUUUAAACUAGAUGUGGAGAUGUUUAACUUUACCUGUGUUAACAACAAUAAAUAUGUUGUUAAUUCCGUAUUGACAAAGUAUUUCAGUAUAUUUUGACGCAUAUACUUUUUCUUGACAUUGUUGAACUUUGCGUUCUUAACUAUUGAACUGUUUAAAAUUAAUAUUUUGAGCAGAACUUGCUUAGAUAGUCAUUUAAGACAUGCAAUUUGAUGUAUCGUCCUGUGUUGUCAUAUUUAAUCUAUUAAAAGAUGAUUUUAGAGAAGGUUCCUUCGAAUUCGCACCUUUUCUAUGUUAUCAUAUAAUUCACUAAAGGAAACAAGUAUUGAAACACGUAUGCCAAGAAGUGAAUCGUCAAACAGGCCAUAGGAAACUAAAGAAUUAAAGAAAAGAAUUAAAAUUCUUCUACGAAUUAAUCACAUUCCAAAAUUUUGCAAAAAUAUAAUAAUAUUACCUUUUCUCGGAUAUUGUUGUAAAAGUUGGGCCACACGUAGUGCAGAAUGCGUAUAACGGGUUGCUUUAAAUCACAAUGUGACUGAACACAACUCGUGAUAGAUAUUCUGCACUACGUGUGGUCUAACUUUUACAACAAUACUCUGGAAAAUGUAUUAUAUUUUUAGAAAAUUUUGAAAUGUGUUUAAUUCGUAAAACAAUUGUAUCGUUUUGUUUUUUCAAUGCAGAUUUCAGUCCUCUACAAAUAGUUUCUCAUGACUUUUGAUGUAAAAUAACUACGGUAACAGAAAUUCACCAGUUUAGAAUUUCCUAUUUGGUUUCCUAUGGGUCGUUUGACUCGUUCAAGGCACUUGACUAUUAUUGUGUAACAAGUGGUAAAGUUAAGUCUGUCCUCUUCUAACUAGAAGAAUAGUUUUUUAUUAUAACUUUUUAAUACUACAAGCUAAAAUUUAAUAUGCUUUAAUUUAGUGCUAAGGUGAGUUUCAGCGUAUUUCUUGAAACUCAUAUUAUCGAAGAUAAUAAAAUGUUUUCAAGAAU